AUGAAGGAACAAGAGGAGGAAGCGAUGGCAAAUUUGAAGUGGAUGACAGAUCAGUUGGGAGAGAGACAAACACCAAUCUACCAGGGUCUUCCACCACCUCUCCCGCUGCCGCCUCAAGCAAAUCUCGCUCUUCUCAACAUAGGUGACGACGGAACGACUGGUGACACACCCACAAAAACAUCAAUCGAUGCCAUAUACAAUCUCUUCCACACCUGCUUCAACUUCGUUGGUGGCUCAAAGUAUCACUUAAAUUAUUUUGGAAGACAACAAAGUGAUAUGUCGGCAUCCGUUCUUCAUUUUUUAUCGAACCCAAAAUCCUUUUUCCCCCAAAAAGUAAUGUUUUCACUUUGGAUGCAAGAAUACGGAUCCUCAGUUCAUCAGCUACUAAUUUUGUCACCAGAGGAUGUGCUGCCAACUGUCUACUUGUGCACAAAUAAGAUUGCUCCUGACCAGGAGAACACAAAUUUUCAAACACUGUAUCACUCGAUUGUAUUCAAACCAUUUCUACAAUAUGUGAUUCACUAUUUAUUUUCUUGUAAUUACAAUGGUGGAAGCAUUGUGACAGCAGCAAUUGAAGAGGCAUGUGGAACAAACAAAUUGAAGAUUCGCGAGAUGUACAACACUUUAGGUGAUCUUGGUGAUGCGGCUCAACUAUGUUGCCAGACACAAAAACUAUUUGCACCUCCAACUUCACUCUUAAUCAGACGUGUUUAUUCAGUGCUUCAUGAGAUAAGCAUCGUCUUCCAACAAUCAAGCAUCAUCCACACUUCAGUUAUUAGAUAUUCAAUCAGCGACUUCAAUCAUUCGGGACAUAUUGGUAAUUUUCACAUCAGGGGUAUAUAGUUUGUUUGAAUAUGUUUGAAUGUUUUAUAAUACUUUAUUGUAUUAUUCAGAAUCUUUUUAUCCGCCUACUACUAUAGGGACAUAAUUGUAAUUAUGUUUGUCUGGACAUAAUUGUAAUUAUGUUUGUCUUUAUAUGUUCUGUGUAAUUUUGUUCCAUUAUUUUUUCUUAAUAUGUUAGGUCUUUCUGUGUAAUUUUGUUCGAUUUUAGUUAUGAACCUGAUAUGCUUGAUAUAUCAUAAUAUGUAGCUAUGGAAUUGGAAGUCAAUUCAUCAAAAUCAUCCUCCCUAAUAGUAUCCUUUCCAGCCAUGCUUAUCUUUAUAUAACAUAAUAAACAUUAGUUCCAAUAGUUACAAAGUAAAAUAACAGAAGGAAAGAAAAAUGUAUUCCAACAAUACAGUACAAAAAAAAAAUUAUAUGUG